AGAGAGAGAGAGAGAGGAGUGAAGAAGGAAGGAGAGUAGGAAAGCGUGGGGGGAGGGUGGGCAGCGAGGCAGAAACAGAGGGCGAGGAAGUAGAGGGGAGCAUCCCCACAUUAUUUAAGGUUGUAGCGAGAUCUCAGUGAGUUUAAUUCUUACAUCCCUUUGUCCCAACUCCAGGGCGCUCUCUCUCUCUCUCUCUCUCUCUUGUUUUUCUCCUUUGGAAAGAGAGAGUUUUUAUUUGUUUUUCUACGUUCAAACAACAGAACCCACCACCCUUUCUCAUUACUUCUUUUGUAACUGAGGCACACAGAGUAAUUGAAGAAUUGAGAGGAGUAAUUGAUUAUUUCUGAAAUCAUGAAGCACAAAGAUGGAAAAUAUCAUUCCCAACCUGAUAAAGGUUUCAAGGUUUUCCCUGCAACAUUACUGGUUAUUGUGCUAUGUGGGUUUUCUUUCUACCUUGGUGGAAUCUUCUGUUCUGAGAAAAAUAACUUGGAGGGCAAGACAGUCCAGGAUGUUUCCAAGGCUGUUCCUUCUCCUAAGGAAUCUGCAAUAAACCCCCUUCAAAUCAAACCCAUUACCUUCCAGGAAUGCAGUAUUGAUUAUCAAGACUACACUCCAUGCACAGAUCCCAGGAGGUGGAAGAAAUAUGGUGUUCAUCGCCUUACUUUCUUGGAACGCCACUGUCCUCCAGCUUUUGAGAGGAAGGAAUGCUUGGUUCCACCUCCUGAUGGGUAUAAGCCACCUAUCACAUGGCCAAAGAGCCGGGAUGAAUGUUGGUACAGGAAUGUCCCAUAUGAUUGGAUCAACAAGCAGAAGUCUAAUCAGAACUGGCUGAGGAAACAAGGGGAUAAGUUCCUGUUUCCUGGUGGUGGUACUAUGUUCCCCAGAGGAGUUGGUGCAUAUGUGGACUUGAUGCAAGAUUUGAUCCCUGAAAUGAGAGAUGGCACAGUUCGAACUGCGAUUGAUACUGGUUGUGGGGUCGCAAGUUGGGGAGGUGAUCUAUUAGACCGUGGAAUUCUGACAGUUUCUCUUGCUCCAAGAGAUAAUCAUGAAGCUCAGGUCCAGUUUGCAUUGGAACGUGGAAUACCCGCAAUCCUUGGUGUCAUUUCUACCCAGCGCCUUCCUUUCCCUUCAAAUUCAUUUGAUAUGGCCCAUUGCUCAAGAUGCCUUAUCCCAUGGACUGAAUUUGGUGGAAUUUAUCUCCUUGAAGUUCAUCGCAUACUCCGUCCUGGUGGUUUCUGGGUCUUGUCUGGUCCUCCCGUAAAUUAUGAAAACCGGUGGCGUGGUUGGAAUACAACUGUGGAAGAGCAGAAAUCUGAUUAUGAGAAGUUGGAGGACUUGUUGACUUCAAUGUGCUUUAAAUUGUAUGCCAAAAAGGAUGAUAUUGCUGUGUGGCAGAAAUCUUCAGAUAAUAGUUGCUAUGAUAAGCUUACUGAUCCAGACGCCUACCCAGCCAAGUGUGAUGACAGUCUUGAACCAGAUUCAGCAUGGUACACUCCACUCCGUCCAUGUGUUGUAGUUCCAAGCCCAAAACUUAAGAAAACUGCCUUGGAAUCCCUGCCAAAGUGGCCAGAGAGGUUGGAAGUUGCCCCUGAACGCAUUUCAGAUAUUCCUGGUGGGAGUGCCAGUACUUUAAAGCAUGAUGACAGCAAGUGGAAGGUGCGGGCCAAGCACUACAAAAAGUUACUCUCUGCAAUUGGGACUGAUAAGAUAAGAAAUGUAAUGGACAUGAAUACAGUUUAUGGAGGUUUUGCUACAGCUCUUAUUGAUGAUCCCCUGUGGGUCAUGAAUGUUGUUUCUUCGUAUGCUGCCAACACACUACCUGUGGUUUAUGAUCGGGGCCUUAUUGGAACUUAUCAUGAUUGGUGUGAAGCAUUUUCAACAUAUCCUCGGACAUAUGAUCUCCUUCACCUUGAUGGUCUCUUCACUGCAGAGAGCCAGAGGUGUGAUAUGAAGUAUGUGCUCUUGGAGAUGGAUCGUAUUCUGCGUCCUAACGGGUAUGCAUUGAUACGAGAGUCCAGCUAUUUUGUUGAUGCCAUUGCCACCAUUGCUAAGGGCUUGAGGUGGGGAUGCCAUAAAGAAGACACUGAAUAUGGUGUGGAGAAGGAGAAGAUAUUGAUAUGCCAGAAAAAGCUCUGGUAUUCCUCUAACAGCAGUUCAAGAUGACAUAAUGAUCCCAAGCCAAGUCACGGUGACUAGUCUCUUGCCUGGUUUAUUUAAGUAUAAUUAUUGUUCCAAGACCAAGUGGUAGGAACUGAUAGAAGGAAGUUCCAUACUGCAACACAGAGAUUAGAUAUUCAUAGAAAUCAAGAAUCUCUAAAUUCAUAUUCGUCAAAUUGAAGAGUUAGCCUCCCGCCAAUAAUAUGAUUUUUGUUAAUUUUAUAGAUAUAUUCUUUCCUAGGCAUCUAUACACAGCCCUGGUAUACUAUCUUUAUUUAUUUAUUUAUUUUAUCCUUUUUUGGCCUUCUCUGUUGGUCUUUUGUAUGUUGUUAAAUUGUGAUAAUCAGUGGAUGUCAAAGUAUUUUAAAAUGAAUGUCACUUCCUCCCCAAUUGUGAUUUUAUA